CUCCCCGCGAGGCGCUCCCGGGGGAGGGCGGUGGCUCGCCUCUUGCGGGACCAACAGUUCCCACUCGUCACGUGACACCACCGCCGGGUCACGUGAGCUGUUCCUGUCCCUUUUCCGUCACGGUUAAAUCUCACCCUCUUCGUCCCCGCCCCUUCUCUCACCAUAGAGUUGCCUAGAGCGCCGCCGCCGGCAGAACCCGGAAGCAGGAGGCGCACUGCGCAGCCGCUCCCGACCCUGAGCGCUGUGGAGGACUCAGGAAGAAGGGGCGGGGCCGGGGCCGGGGCGGAGCGCGCGGCACGAUGGCGGAAGUGGAGUUCUCAAAUGCUACUCAUGAAGUCCUCAAUGUCACCCUCCACACCACGCUGUCCGUUACGACUAAACUGGUGGUUCCUACACCUGCCAAACCUAUCCUUCCAGUGCAGACUGGAGUCCAAGCUCAGCAAGAGGAGCAAUCUAGCGGCAUGACUAUAUUCUUUAGUCUCCUUGUAUUAGCUAUCUGCAUCAUAUUGGUGCAUUUACUGAUAAAAUACAGACUACAUUUCUUGCCAGAGAGUGUGGCUGUUGUUUCUUUAGGUAUCCUCAUGGGAGCAUUUAUAAAAAUUAUAGAGUCUCAAAAACUGGCCAACUGGAAGGAGGAAGAAAUGUUUCGUCCAAAUAUGUUUUUUCUUCUCUUGCUUCCACCUAUUAUAUUUGAAUCUGGAUAUUCAUUACACAAGGGUAACUUCUUUCAGAACAUAGGUUCCAUCACUCUGUUUUCUGUGUUUGGCACAGCAAUUUCAGCUUUCAUUGUAGGUGGAGGAAUUUAUUUUUUGGGUCAGGCUGAGGUAAUUUAUAAACUGAACAUGACAGACAGUUUUGCAUUUGGCUCCUUAAUAUCUGCUGUGGACCCGGUGGCUACUAUUGCCAUCUUCAAUGCCCUUAACGUAGAUCCUGUGCUUAACAUGUUGGUUUUUGGAGAAAGUAUUCUCAAUGAUGCAGUCUCUAUUGUCCUGACAAACACAGCAGAAGGUUUGACAAGAGAAAAUAUGUCAGAUGUAAGUGGAUGGCAAACCUUUCUCCAGGCACUGGGUUACUUUCUUAAGAUGUUCUUUGGCUCUGCAGCACUUGGCACUCUUACCGGCCUUAUUUCUGCAUUAGUACUAAAGCACAUUGAUUUAAGGAAAACACCCUCCCUGGAGUUUGGGAUGAUGAUUAUCUUUGCUUAUCUUCCUUAUGGACUUGCAGAAGGAAUCUCACUCUCAGGUAUCAUGGCAAUCCUGUUCUCUGGCAUUGUGAUGUCUCACUACACACACCAUAACCUUUCCCCCGUUACACAGAUCCUAAUGCAACAGACACUGAGAGCCGUUGCUUUCAUGUGUGAAACCUGUGUUUUUGCAUUUCUUGGUCUGUCCAUUUUUAGUUUUCCUCACAAGUUUGAAAUGUCCUUUGUCAUCUGGUGCAUAGUACUUGUCCUGUUUGGCAGAGCAGUGAAUAUUUUUCCUCUCUCUUACCUGCUCAACUUCUUUCGUGAUCAUAAAAUCACCCCCAAAAUGAUGUUCAUCAUGUGGUUUAGUGGUUUACGUGGGGCAAUUCCAUAUGCCCUGAGCCUCCAUUUGGGCUUGGAGCCAAUAGAAAAGCGGCAGCUCAUUGGGACCACAACUAUCAUUAUUGUGCUAUUCACAAUUUUAUUGUUGGGUGGAGGAACCAUGCCCCUUAUCAGACUGAUUGAUAUUGAGGAUUCUAAAGCGCGAAGAAGGAACAAGAAGGAUAUUAACCUCAGCAAGACUGAAAAGAUGGGUAAUACCAUUGAAUCUGAACAUUUAUCAGAACUCACAGAGGAAGAGUAUGAAGCCCACUACAUAAAGCGCCAGGAUCUCAAAGGCUUUAUGUGGCUUGAUGCCAGGUAUUUGAAUCCGUUCUUCACAAGGCGGCUCACACAGGAGGACCUACAUCAUGGACGCAUACAGAUGAAAAGUCUCACCAACAAAUGGUAUGAAGAGGUGCGACAAGGACCCUCAGGGUCUGAAGAUGAUGAACAGGAGCUGCUAUAGCAGGCUAGAGGAGGAGGAUUGUAACGAGUUUAUCAUAGAGCACCAAAAACUAGAUUUAAGUAACAAAAGAUUCUGACUGUACAAAAGCCCAGGGGUAUUAAGAAUGAAGACUUCCCACUGCAGGUCCCACCAUGUGCUGUUGUACUUAGGUUUCACAGAACCAUAUACACUGUACUUCAUAAGACCGGUCGCUGCAGGACCCCCCCUACAGUAACACAAAAGCAGAAUGUGGGCGGAGGAUAGAGCUGUACCUUUUAAUUCUGAAUAUCACAGCACUUGUAAGUUUCACUUAGCCCAUUCAAAACUGCAUUGAAAUAACCUUGAAGAAGAGUGUCGUCCAUUCUGAUGUAAGCUGUAAAUGCAUGUUACAAUACAGGUUCCAUAAUACGGCUCCACAAAACAGAAUGAGUUGCACUUUAUUGUAUACUUUAAUACUCAUUCAUAUCUUGGGGAGUCAUGAUGGUUUAUACUGUGAAUUUGUGCCAAUCAGAAUAAUUGAAUCUUUGUCUGGACCAAAACUGUAAUUUGCAUAUUAUGGAUCCAGAAUGCAUAGUGAGCCCCCAGACAAGAAGCAGAUGUUGUGCAUGGACAAAAGCACCAGAAUCUUUUAAAUACUCUGUGUGUCUGCCAUUGUUGUUUUUUUAAUGUUGAAAUGACUUAAUCCACAGUACUUGACAUUGCCUAAAGUGUGUUUUUAAAUGAGAAAGCGUAGAACUGGAUUUGAAAUCCAUAAAUUUUUUUACUUAUCCCCCCACCACACACACACACACUCCUGUAACUUAUAAAUAGUUACACUUUUUUAACAAAAAUUAUAAUAAAAAAGGUUGCUUCUAGCUACAGGCUUUGAAUCUCAGGAAGCAGCCGUUUUUGCUUUGCCUAAAUUCCUAAAAUAUCCCUAACACGCCUGAGGGUUCAUGAGGAAUGUAGGGAGGUUUUUAAAUUCUAGGGGCAUCAGUAGCAGGCUUUUCCAUAUAGUUUUUUUGGAAACACAGAAAAAGCCCCCAGAAAACCUAACCCAGCGGUGGAAGAUUGCUGCAGCAUCCUCUGUUGGGAAAUGCCAGACAUUUAGCAGUCCAUUAAGUUGUCCUGCUACUUUAAUUUUUUUAUGGUCAUAGUAGUGUGUAAAAAUGAUCAGCACUGUUUUGCUUUUCCCACAUGCAAUGGACCAUUUGUUCAGAACUGCACACACACAAGUGUGCACUGUUUCAUGGUGCACAUUACUGUGUUUCAGCUACAGUAAAUACAAAUUUUUAUUGCCUAGUUGGUCAUUUGCACAUGCUUUAAAAAAAAAAAAAACUUUACUGAGCAUUUUCAAUCAUGGAUCUAUUGUAUUUUUUCUGGACAAAUAAAGGACACUUCAGGAAUGUGUUCAAAAAGCAUAAAUGCUCAAAAUCCUAAAUAUGGAUUGACUUACCAGUUUUUCAUAUGUGUGUGUGUUUGAAAGCUAGUCCUGAUGUUUAAGAAAAAAAAGUGCAGCUGUUUCUGGCUAAUCUCUCUGGUGAGCAUUCUGUACUUUCGAGCCACCAUUAGUGGUAUCUGCAUCCCCUAAAUCAAUACAGAUUAAGGUGAAUAGGGAAGUGAAUUAAAGUUUUGGUUCCCUUUUCUACAUACCCACUUUGAAACAAGUCUAGUGGCCGCACUCGAAGCUGGCAGCUUUCCAACAGCUGUAAAUUAGACAUGCUAAAGUUCGGCAUUGAUAUCUGAUGAAUUUAGCUUUGAAGCAGAGCAUUACUAAAUAUGUGGGCCUCCUAAAGCUAUGCCCCAUGCAGAAGCAGAACUGUUAGAGAAUGUGCUCUCACCAAUGAGGGAGACAAUGUGUGAUUUGCAUGAUGCUGCCAUUAAAAGGUUGAUUGUA